AUCUAAAGAGAGAGAGAGAGAGAGAGAGAGAGAGAGAGAGAGAGAGAACCUAAAGAGAGAGAGAGAACCUAAGUUUGUCCGCCCCGCUUCCCAUCACGACUCCCCGGGUCUUUGUCCGGGUGCUGGCCGAGGCUCGCCGCUGGAUUCCGGUCGGAGUUGGAGACGGUGAGCCGCGGUGGAGACAUUUUGAAGAGGGAGGAGCGGAGCACCGAGAAGCUGACACUUUGUUGUCAUGUUUGCUGGCUGACUUGUUGAAUAGUCCGUGUGUGGGAGACAGGGUCUUCUGUUUCACCAUGAAGCAGUGACAGUUCGGGGGCAGAAAUGGCAGAGCUGGAGAUUGACCAGUCCAACCUUCCACGUGUCCAAGAGGUGCGCCAGUGUUUUGCUGUGCUGGAGGAUGGAGUGUUGGCACACAACCUGCAGGAGCAGGAGAUCGAACAUUACUACACCACCAACAUCCAGAAGAAUCAGCUCGUGCAGAAUGACAUCCGUGUAGCCAAGAGGUUGCAGGAUGAGGAAGAGGAGCAGCGCGCCCGGCAAACAGCCAGCUUCAGACACGCUUCCAGACAAAUAGAGGAGGAGGACUUUGAGUAUGCCCGUGUGAUUCAGGAGGAGAUCCAGCGAUGUGCUGAGGAGGCCUGGAGGAGAGAACAAGACGAUCAGGAACUGGCUAAACAGAUGCAGGAAGAGGAGGAGCAGAUUGUCAGGAGGAGGAGCAGGGGGCAGGAGGCCCACGGAGAAGGCAACUCCGGCGACUCCGCACCGCCACAACACACACUCUGCACCCGACACCAGGGGGAGGAGCGGUGCUCGUCUCCCACCAGCAGGUGGCAGUGUUCUCCCUCUCACAGCAGUGCAGACUCCGCUGGGCCUCAGACUCACUUGCCCAGGGGGGUAGCGGCUCAGGAAAACACAACUUCAUGGUCAAAUCAAGGACACUCGGAUUCCAUUAGGCAAAUCAGGAGCGAGUCCCCGAGUGAGAAUUCAGAUGAUUCGGACACAGUUUUCUCUGAAGAGCUCUCAGUUUGCUACCAGAGACUGUGCGAGAGACUUGAAGCGGCACCUCGUCAGCAGCGGGCGUCUCUACAUCAAUCGCAAGAGAGAAAUUCCAGAAGCCUUUGUCCUCGCAGCAGCUACUCAGAUGAGUUCAGAGGCUUGGAGGAGGAAAGCGAUGAGCGCAGUGAACAGUGUUACAGAAAUGAUGAGCUGCAGAGACGGAGGACUCGUGAUCGAGAGAGACGGUACAGAGAUGAGGAUGAGUACGAGGAUGAGCACAGGAGCAGAGGCCAUGAGACAGAGUCCAGGUUCACCGAGUUUAGGAGGAGAAGUAGCCGCAGCGAAUCUGUCAGGAUCCCAGACAGAAGUAGACGCAGCAGCAGGGACCUAGCAAGAACCUGGAGCUACAGAGACGACCCUGACAGGCACGUUCAUUUUCAGGAGGACAGCAGGAAGCGGCAGGACGAGAGCCGUCGAGUGUGGGAGAUGUUGGGCCACAUCCUCAGGGAGAGGGGUGUGCCUGUGAGGUUCGGCGGCAGCGGGGCGCCACUGCAAAUAAAACCUCAAAGCAGAGACAGCCAGGUGCUUCAUGGGAGUGAGGUCUCCUGCGGCGCCUCCCCGCCACAUCACAGAGACUUCCAAAGAGCUGCCACCACCAGGCACAGUUUCCAUGGAGAUGUCAGGGAGAGGAGGAGGUUGUCAUACCGAGAAAACAGUGGGAGAGAUCACAGGGAAAACCAAGACGGGCGCCGUGAUAAUGGAGAGAUUUAUGAGAUUAGCUCCAGAGACCCGCAUCUCGCCAAUGGAGAAAGGCGAGGCAGCGGAAGGUGGAGGCGUCACAGAAACACCAACAAUGGCGAGAGGAAUGCGCCCGAUCACAGAGUGAGGAGGACCACGAGUGAACGGCGGCAUUGGCACAGGCCGGCAGAAGAAAGGCUCAGCUCGGAGGAGGAGCGGGAGGUGGAGAGGAGGGCGGAGCGACCCCGCCGGAGAGCCCCGCAGCACAGCCAGAGCUUCAGCAGCGACGGCAGCAGAGCGUCCAGCAGGUUUAGGUCCAGACGCGUGGCAGCAGGGUCGCUGCUGCAGCCAGAACUGAGUAACACCAGCCUGGACCUGGGCGAGCUGCAGCAGGUCCUGGAGGAUGAAGAACUGGCCCGGAAGCUGCAGGAGGAGGAGGAGGACAGUGUGUUGAGGAGGAACUCGAACCCGCCUCCGAGCAGAUCGUAUCCAGAGGGAGACUUCAGAGUUGCACAAGUAGCCCAGGAUGAGGAAAUUGCGCGUUUCAUGCAGAAACAGGAAAUUAAGGCGAAGCGUCAAUCCCGUGAACUGGAAGGCCCCUCGUCGUGGCGCGAGCACCGAGCAAUGAUCAGUCAACACGACAGACGAGCCGGAAGAGAAAGACAUGUCCCACGGGAGAGACUUGACUCAGAGGGACUUCCCUCCCCCACAGAGGACUGCUCCCCAGAGAACCAGCCACCCAGCCCCAUCUCCACUCUCCCCCCGGCCUCGCAGAUCAGAAACAUCGCAGAGGAGCUGGACCCGACGUUCCAGGCCCGGAGGCAAGGCACAGACAGACCGACAGGUCCAAACUCCCUUCCUCCGUCACAGUCCGGUUCAAAUGACUUUGUUGAGGAGCCCACGUUCAUCCCGCCCACGAAGCGGCAAGCGGACAAAUCAGGACGCAACAAACCCAAAGACAAGAAGGAGAACUGCAAACAACAAUAAACUCACACCCACGUACACACACACAGACACACACGUUCACCUUGUUCAGCUGGAGUUCUCAUUUCAUUCAACCAGCCGACUCUACUCGCACUUUAGACCGAACAAAGAGACUUUGGAGAAUAGUUCUUGGUUUGUGGAUCGUCACAACAAUAUGGAUGCGCAAAAGGGAAAUUUUGAGUUUGUUGGAGUAUUUUUCUAAUUUUAAUUGGAACAGAAUCCCUAUUUUUGUUGGAAAAAAAAAAGUGGCACUUAUAUUAACUUGGUUAACCAGUAUACUGUCAGCACACAGGCCU